GCUCAUAAUUGCAAAUGGUUCACUGCAUCUGCAGGAUGAAGUACAGAUUCCAUUUGGUUUGUAGUUUAUAAUGCUAUUGUGGCAUCUUUUGGUUUGAUGUCUCAUGUAAAACACUCUGAUUUCUAUGUUCAUGUAUGCAUAGAUGGCAUGGUUUGUAUUAGACAUAAGUACGACAAUGUUGACUUUUGUGCCCAUUUGUCAUCUUCUACUCUCUUAAAUUCAAUGAUGUUUGGCUGUGUAGGGUGCAAGGAUGCAGACCUUCCCGGUUCCAAUGCAUAUUCUGGAGCUGUAGGUUUUGGACAAACCAUGGCUGCUGUGAUGUGGAAUGCCUAUGACUUGAACAAAUUUGGCUGCAGUCUUGGAGGUAGUGUGUUUCUUUUUGCACACAAUUCCAUCCCACAUGCUCAUUGCUCAAUUUUCAGGAACUAUAGCAGCAGAGGAUUUUACAAUGAAGAGAUUUACAGUAUUCAACCCAUCUAUGAGACACAAUAUCUAUGUUGGAAGGACCGUGCAAAUUUGAUGUUUGAAGCACAAACAAUGGAUUAUCAGCUGGAAGCCGUAGAACAGUUUGCAGAUUGAUUGUCUACCACCAGUGACAUAAACUCUCUCAACUGCUGGACCUCUGUUCUAGAUUUUGUAGAAUAUUUCAGUUAGGAGUUGGGAAUUCUAUGUUACUCAAUUUUUGUACGAGCAUGAAGCAAUGUCAUGGAAAUCAGUCGUAGGAGCAGAACUACCAAUUUUUAAUUCUAAAUCAUGUGCUGGUUUUGUUUUCCCUCUACAAUCUUACAAAUCUCUGCACACUACAUCAACAAUUGUAAAUAUGAUUCUGUUUAUUCAAAGUAUUCAAUUUUAAAAGGAUAGUUUGCUUCCCUGUUUUCCAUGUCAGAGGAGAGGAGGCAUCUGUUGAAUUAUUAUGUACACUCCAAUGCAGACCAGGGGGACCCCCCCUCCAAACCAGAUCAAAUAAUAAGUCAAAAUACGUACACCGCUAAACAGGGGCUUUGAAUGUAAUGAUUAAAAACAUUUUCUUUUCAUUAUUAUCAAAUAAAAGCUCUCUCUUGAUUUGCA